AUGGGAGCAGCAAUAAAACACGUAAGACGAGAUAAUACUAAACCUUAUACAUAUCCUCUUAUAUGGCUUGAUAAUUUGGUAAAUACAUCUCCAAAAUAUAUAAAUGGUCAAAAAUUAAUUCGAUCAUCAAUUGAUCAUUUAAAAACAUUUGAAAAUAUUAAAAAAUGUGAAGAAUAUAUUCGAUCAAUUUCACAAGAUGAACGAAUUAUAUUUAUUGUUGGUGAUCGAUUAGCUCGAGAAAUAAUACCACAUAUUCAUGAACUUCGACAAAUUUCUUCAAUUUAUAUUUAUUGCUCAGAUAAACUAAUAAAUGAAAAAUGGACUAAAAAAUAUAAAAAAAUAAAAGAUAUUGGUAAACAAUUUAAUCAAUUGGUUGAUAAAAUUCGAGUUGAACGUUCAAAACGAUGUGAAAAUCAAGUAAAUGAACCAUUAUCAAUAAGUAUGUUUCAAACAAAUACAUAUCAUGAACAAUCAAAUAAUACUUUUAAUGAUCAUUUCAUUUAUUCACAAUUAUUAAUUCAUACUCUUCUUCAAUUAAAACCAACGAAGGCCGAUAAAAAAAAAAUUAAUUGUUCUAUGUAA